AAGCAAACAAAUUAAUACUUUCAAAUUAUUUAACCACUUUCAAUAAAUAAACAAGUAAAUAAAUUAUAGAUAUAUAAAUAAAGAUUGAUAGAUAUUCAUAUAUUUUCCAUGAAAGUUACAAAUACAGCACCUAAUUAAAUUAUUUAAUAUCGAAGCUGCUCAUCUAAUCGUAGCCCUAUUUAUAUAUAAUAUCCAAAAACUUAUGUAAAAACCAUAUAGAUUCCCAAAUAUACUACUAACCUAGUGCAUAUAUCUACCAAGCAAAUUCCAAUUAUAAAUGUGAAGAAAGAGCAAAAGAUAGUUUUGCCUACUUAAUAUCAUAGUACUCCUAUUUGUAAAGUUCAAAACUCUAGCUAAAAAAAAUAAGAAACAACUAUAAAUUAAGAUUGCUUAGAAACCCUACAAACUUCAAAGGAGAUAAAUGAAAAAAACGAACAAUCAAUAGAAUCAAUAAAUUUUAUUAAAGGAAUUAACAAUUAAUCUUAUGAGCAAGAAAAUAGUCUAGUUACACAGAAUUUAAGCCAAAACAUAUCUCUAAUGUAUCAAAAUCCAGUCAGAUAAAAUUCACAAAAAGUCCUUUUCCCUCUAACUCCUAAUAUGAAUAAUAAUUCAUUUUUCCUAGACAAUAGAGUUAAUAAGCACUAAACUACCAGUUAAAAUACUUCUUAUAUUAGUACAACAACUAGGAUAAGAAGCUUGAGUCCUGUAAUACUAACUCCUAAAGUUUAGAGAGUAUAAAAAAUACCUGUUAUUACUAAAAUGUAUUCAAGUCAAAUUAAUUUACAUCCAGUCUCCACUUCAAUCAUCAACACAAUACCAAUAUAAAAAAUAAAUCUUAUUUCUCCUUAAAAUAUAAUAACAACAAAUACAAUUAUACACAGAAAAUAUUAAGACGGAAGUAUUUAUGAAGGAUAGUUGCAGAAUAAUUAAAAACAAGGGAAAGGAAAAUUAAUUUUUACAGAUGGAAGCUACUAUAUUGGGGAAUUUCUGAAUGAUUAAAUAAAUGGCUUGGGAGAAUAUUAUUCACGUGAUAAUAAAUUAAUUUAUGAAGGUGAAUGGUCAUCUAACAAAUAUCACGGAAGAGGAAUAUAUCAUAAUAUUCUUAAUAAGUAAUCACAUAAUUAGGAGAAAUUAGCUGUAGAUUAUAAUGAUUUCGCUAAUUAUGAGAGUCUUUGGACAGAAUAUGAAGGGUAAUUCUUCGAAGGAUAGAAAAAUGGAACUGGUCUCAUCCAAUUUAUUGAUGGAUCACAAUACUUUGGAGGUUUUAAACAUGAUGAAAUAGAUGGAGCUGGUGUAUACACUUUAAAUAAUGAAACUAAGUAACAAGUAACAGGAAGCUGGAGCCAAAACAAACUAGAAAUUUUGCUGAAUUGAAAAUGAAUUAAUUUGCAUUUUUAUAUAGCUUUAAAAUUCAAAAAUAAAUAAAUAAAUAAAUAUAAAUUUUGGAACACAAAAUUAAUAAAAACGAUUAAUUAAUUAAUAUUUUUUAUUAGUAUUUAAUUAACUUUUUAUAAAAUAUUUAUAAUAUCACUAUUGAAAUCAAUCACUCUAAGAAAUUUAUUU